GUAUUGCUUUUAACUCAUAAUCAAUCAACACUUUGUCAAGAUCAUUAGCUAGUAGAGCAACAGAUUGACCGAGAAAUGGAAUUGACCACAAGUCUAUGGUAUAUCCUUAUAACUCUCAUCUUCGGGAUUAUUUUUGUGCUCAAAAAAAAUCUGAAUUACUGGAAGGACUUGGGAAUACCCCAUGAGGAGCCUCAUGCUUUGUUUGGCAAUAUGAGUGGUCUUCGCACCAAAUUAUCCUUUGGUGAAAUUUUGACACGAUACUACGCCAAGUUUAAGGGUUCGGGACCUUUUGCUGGCAUCUUUGUGGGUCAACGUCCUGGAGCUGUGGUAUUGGACAAGGAGCUCAUCAAGCGCAUACUAAUCAAGGACUUUACACAAUUUACCGAUCGUGGUUUGUACUACAAUCAGGAGUCAGAUCCCCUAACGGGCCAUUUAUUUUUGGUGGAUGGCGAUAGAUGGCGCAGCAUGCGUAAUAAAUUAUCGCCCACCUUUACCUCGGGCAAAAUGAAGUACAUGUACCCCACUCUGCUGAAAGUAUCCGAUUCUUUUGUGGCCACUAUGGCCAGCAAGGUGCUGGAGAAUCCCUUGGUGGAAAUUCGUAGUCUGCUGGCUCGCUACACCGUUGAUAUUAUUGGCAGUGUGGCAUUUGGCAUUGAAUGCAAUAGUCUGAAAAAUGAAGAGGAUAAAUUUCUACAGUUGGGUAGAAAAUCAGUGGAGCAGCCACGUCACAAUGCCCUUGUAAUGGGUUUAAUAGAUAGUUUUCCUCGUCUAUCGCGACUGCUGGGCAUGCGGAUAAUACCCGAGGAUGUGCAUCAAUUUUUUAUGGCAACCAUAAAGGACACCGUCAAAUACCGGGAGAUGAAUAACAUACAAAGGAAUGACUUUCUCAACAUUCUAAUUGAGCUGAAGAAUAAUAGCGAGGAUAAAUCCGGUUUGGGUGGCAUGACUAUUGAGGAACUGGCCGCCCAGGUUUUUGUCUUCUUUUUGGCUGGCUUUGAGACCUCGGCCACAACCAUGGCCUAUGCCCUCUAUGAAUUGGCCCAGAAUCAGGAUUUGCAACAACGUUUACGUGAUGAGGUGAAUGAGGCUUUUGAGAAGCACCAAGGAUCCGCAGCUAUUCCAUAUGAGACAAUUAUGAGUUUGACUUUUAUGGAUCAAGUGUUAGCAGAAACUCUACGAAAAUAUCCCCUAGUGCCAGUUCUAUUUCGCCAAGCCUUGAACGACUAUGCGGUACCUGGCAAUCCUAAAUAUGUUAUCAAAAAGGGUAUUCCCAUUUUUAUACCAGUUCUGGGCAUUCAACAUGAUGUCGAAUUCUAUGCCAAUCCCCAGGAAUUUGAUCCUGAUCGUUUUCUUCCUGAUUUAGUCAAACAACGUGAUCCUAUGGAAUGGUUACCAUUCGGUGAUGGUCCACGCAAUUGUAUUGGCAUGCGUUUUGCCAAAAUGCAAUCUCGAUUGGGUUUAGCAUGUGCCAUACGCAACUUUCGUUUUACAGUUUGUCCCAAGACUGAAAUUCCUUUGAGUUAUGCCGUCAAACCAUUGGCUCUACUUCCGGGAAAUCCCAUAUACCUAAAUGUUGAAGCACUAUAGGCCUAAGACUAGUUAAAGUAAGGUUUAGGAUAAGUUAAAUUUAGGAAAAUAUAGACUUUUUAAUAUAA